GUCGGACCCAAAUCUGGCUCGCAGCAACAACAGCAACAGCAUCAUGGGCGUGGAUGGCAGAGGCGGCGGUGGUGGCAGUGGCAGUGGUGGAGGCAACGGGUGGCGUUUGUGGUGGAAGGUGUUUGCGGGCUUGCUGGCCGUGGCGGUGGUUGUGUAUGUGAUGCGGGCGGAUACGUUCUUGGCAUCAGAGCAGCCGCAGCACCUGCCGAUCCCCGUCUUGCGGCGGGCGCUUGGAACAGGGCUUGGUUCUCAGGGCAAGCUGAGCGCGCCGGCGUCGCGUGGCUUUGACGUGUGCCAAGACGGCACAAACUGGUUCAGCCGGUACAGCGAGGAAGACGUCGACACGAACAGCUUGAGGGAGUCCAGGAACCACCGCAUCUGCGCUGGCUCCCGGCCAAUGUUCACCAUCUCACACCCAAAGAGCGGGCGCACGUGGCUGCGCUGCCUGGUGGCCAACGCCUACGCAUGCGCGCGCAAGAACGCCUCCCUGUCGCUGAGCGAGACAGAGGCCUGGUCCGACAAGGUGCUGUCCUUCUCCCACGGCAAGCCGCACCCCUUUGGUUCCACCCCGCAGCAGCUUUUGAACGGCUUUGGAACGAACAACGGCGCCAAGCGGGAGGCGGGGUUCAUGCUGGUACGUGAUCCCCGCGACGUCGUCGUCAGCUCCUUCUACGACCGCAUGUACCGCGACUGGGAGCACUCGCUGCCAAAGCACACGUCCCUCUCCGAGUAUCUCCGCAUCGAGCGCGGCAGCCUGCAGACCUUGCUCAUGCACCAGAACCUCUGGUCGUCGGUGACAGACAAGCCCGACUGGCUGGUGCUGCGGUAUGAGGACCUGAAGCGCUGCCCGGAGAAGGCGCUGGACGAGCUGCUGAACAAACAGCUGUGCCUGGACGUGUCGCCGGCGUGCAUCGCGCGUGCCGCGGACUGGUGCGACUUUAGCAAGCUGCAGCAGCGCGCAGACUCUGCAAGCCACUAUGGCGGGGGCAAGAUCUGGCGCCCAAAGGGCCACGAUCCAAACUCCAGGAAGGUGCGCAAGGGCAAGGUUGGCGGGUAUCGGGAGGAGCUGUCAGCGGAGGAUAUGGAGUAUCUCGAGAGCUCCAUCCAAGAGCAUCUGCUUGGCGGCCGCGUCUUUGGCUACAACGCUCCCCCUCCCAAGAAGAACUAGGACCAAGCAGCGGUGCAUGAGUCGUUGUGUGUGUGUGUGUGUGUGUGUGUGUGUGCGAGAGAGAAUGUGUGUGUGUGUGUGUGUGAAUGUGUGUGUGUGUUGUGUCUGUGUGUCUGUGUGUCUGUGUCUGUGUCUGUGUCUGUGUGGUGCUCCUUCUUGGGGGUGGCUAUUUGUUUGCUUCGUUGUGAAAGUGUCCAAAGAAAGAAGAAAGAACAACCAAC